AUGGAAUUGCCCUUAGAAGAAUUAAGAAAAAAAAAGUUAGUUAAUUUUUCACAAAAUCCCUUUCAACAAAAUAAAUUCGUUAGAACUAAUAAUAUUGGAGAAAUUAUUCAAUUAUUUUCUCAAUUCAACAAGGAAGAGUUAGCCGAAAAAAAGGAAAAAGUCAGUGUUGCGGGAAGAAUAUUGAGAAUAAGAAGUUUUGGUAAUUUGAUUUUUGCUAAUUUAGUUGACCAAACUGGAACUAUUCAAUUAAAAGUUAGUAAAAAUAAGGAUUUUGCCGAGUUGGAUAUUGGCGACAUUAUUGGAGUAAAAGGAUUUAUUUGCAAGACUGAUAAAGGUGAAUUAAGUAUUGAAGUCAAAGAAUUUAUUUUGUUAAGUAAAUGUUUAAGGCCACUUCCGGAUAUUCAUUAUGGUUUUAACGAUGUUGAAGAAAGAUUUCGCAAACGCUAUUUAGACUUUAUUAUUAAUUCUGAGAAAAGAGAAAUUCUGGUCAUUCGCCACAAAAUAGUCAAAAAUAUUCGCCAGUUUUUAGACCAAAGAGAGUUUAUUGAAAUUGAAACACCUAUUCUGGUUUCCGAAGCCUCCGGAGCCCAAGCUAAACCUUUUAUUACUCGCCAUAACAAACUACAUAGAGACUUUUAUUUGCGAAUUGCUACUGAAAUACCCUUAAAAAAGUUAAUUGUCG